AUGUCGUACACAGGCUUGCACAGCACGCCCAGUGCUGAGCAAGACCAGCACUCAGAGAUCGAAGGCAGCGCCGGCAGCGAAGAUGAUGGGUUCAUCCCGGUCACAGACAGCACAAGUCACUACCGUGGCGUGCGUCUGCGACUUCCUCUCUUGCUCCUUUGUUGCCUUGCCAGUUUGGUCGUGUAUGUCUCGCGAUUCACCGCGUUCGGCAAGAUGGAGAAUGGAGUGGAUCGCAGGUCGGAGGUCAUCUCCCUCAGCGAGAGUUUGCAGAGUGCUAAAGCACUCGUCUUCAAUGCCAUAAAUGCGGCGAGCAAGAGGGGUCCUCACGAGCUCCGUGAGCUUGAUCCGCUUCCGACCAUCCUGGCAGUAAAGAAGAGCCAGAAGAUGCGGAGUGCAAACAUCGUGACUUGUUCUUUCGAUGCUGUCGAGGCCUUCUUCAGCGCCAUGGGCCUCGGCGACGAUAUUAAUGGAAUGGUGAGAGUGUGUCCGGAUCCUCGGCCAUACAGGUCCGAAGUGGCCUGCCAGGUCGAUUCUGGCAUGUUGAUCUUCUGGGCAGGGAACUUGGCGUCGAAGCUUGCCUCGGCGGUCUCAAACUGCGAGGACAGCGUCAGCGUGGGAGGCGGUUGGGUCGGCGGCGUGGCCGGCAACAAAGGAGGACCCCUUUGCGCUGCAGGUAUUGGCCAGUUGACGGGAGCUUUGGGCGAGCUCGCUGCAGCAGCAUCGAUGGCGGCAGCCACGUGUGGUCCAAACGCCACAGAGGUCGACGAAGACAUUGACGGCAGGGUCAGCACUUUCGGUGAUCAGACGUACAACGAUUAUUUCCUGAGCCGCAAAUUGCUCAUCGGGGAGGGGGAGAUCGGGAACGACAUUCAGUGUGCAGUGGACGUUGGUAUGGUUGCAUCGAACAUUGCCCACAUGGGCUUGGCCAUCAACUCGGCUGUCAAUUCAGGGAGCUGCCAGCAUCUGUCACUCCCUCUGCGCGAGGCGCUGUGCACUGUGGAUAUUGGCAACGCCGUGGCAUACUUUUUGCAGGUGGUGACCUUCAUUCAGUUCUCGAUUGUGAACUGCGAGGACAUCAUGAACGUGAGCGCCCUUUGUGGAGCCUCCAUUGCGGGCAUCGGGACGGCAGCUGCCAGCAUCGCGCCCGCUGCAGCUGCCAUUCACCGUGGCUGCAACCCAGGAAUCGUUCCACCACUGCCAAAGACGAGCACUUCGUCGACGCUGUCAUCAACUGUGACGAGCACCACGUCGCUGUCAUCAACUGUGACGAGCACCUCGUCGCUGACAUCAACUGUGACGAGCACCACGACGGUGACAUCAGAAACAACUGCCACGGAGACCAGCACAACGUUCACCCAGCAGUCUUUCGACUGUCUGGAUUUGGGCUUUGCACCGCUUCAGCUCAUCAACCGAGCCGGUGCAGGGUCAUGCCCUGAUGGCUCUGACAUCAAGCAGUUGGACGUAAGCACAGGGCAGUACAACAUCCUUUGCACCAUCCCAGACAAAUGUUUCAACGCAUGUGGGAUGAAGCCGGGCUCUAAUUUCAUCUACUGCAUUGAGAAGGACGCACUCAGCAACAAUCAACUCGUGCGCAUUGAUUGUCCUGCAGGGGGCACAGGCACUGCCUGCUUUCUGGGCAAGUUGGAGAGAAGCUUCUCGGCAGGGUUCAAUCCAGUGACCGGUGAGUAUAUUGAGACUGACCAGACCCACAUACGGACCGUGACAGUGGACGUGGAUACCUUGACUUGCUCCCAAACGCCAGUGGCGUCAAACAUCCCAUACACGCAGCAAAAUUUGAUAAACCCGAGCGGGUCGACCCUGGCCGACAUCCUGAUUUCUGACAUCCCAAAUCCUCCCGCCGGCGCCACGGGGCAAUGGCUGCUGUCCUGUUCCCAAUCGGGACAAGUCUACAUCCAGAAUCUCCUCGAUUCGACUUUUCACUACACUCUGACCAUGCAGGCAAUUCCGGGAAGUGUGGUUCCGGGCGGAGGCAGCGCCUCAGGCGCGCAGUGGCAAUGGCAAACGUCCCUCUACUGCGCCUACAACGACGGAAGGGGAGUGUGGCAGGUCUUCGAGGACACGAUCGAUUUCGGAAACUUAACCAUCGACGUCGAAAAGGCAGGCAUGUCCCAGCCAACGAGCUCCAACGAUGGCCUGAACUGUCUUGGAGGGGAAUCGCCCUUCACGACGACUACUCCAUAA